AAUCCCAGCUACUCCGGAGGCCGAGGCUGGAGAAUCGCUUGAACCCGGGAGGCGGAGGCUGCAGUGAACCGAGAUCCUGCCACUGCACUCCAAGCCUCCGUCUCAAAAGAAAAACACCCAUAUCUCAAACGAGAAAAUGCUUGCAAAUAACCUGAAAUCGCGGAACACUAUUCUUUUUAAAACGAUGUUUUAAGUAGGUCGUGAAAGUGGCCUUAAUGUUAUACUGCCUUAUUCCAGUGACAAGUAUUCAUCAUGUGUAAAAUGGGAGAAAUGAAAUGUUAUUAACAAAGAUGUGAGACAUCGAUGAGAAGAGACGGUACCCUGUCUGAGCCCCCACCGGGUCGCGAGGAUCGUUUUCCUGGUUGAGACCUGGCUACAGCGAAAGAACCCUAGGCCCGGGGAGGACUCUCGAGAUUUCAGAUCCAGGGCCGGGCUGUGCAAGUGGACAGCGCUGAAGGGGCGCUGGGGGUGGUAGGUGCAAAGUAGCCUACACGGCUCCUGCUGACGGAAUCUGUCCAUUUACGGGGACCGCCGCGGCAUACCCGCCCCAGCCAGUCGGUCCUUUCCGGAAGUUCACCGCCCUAAAUUCUUUUUCCGGUUCCGCUUACUCCUUCCGGUCACCAUGGCGACCAGGCGCCUUGGGGUCGGGGAGACGCUGGGGGCCCUCAACGCGGCCCUGGGGCCUGGCAGUACGGUAUGGAUCAAGGAGACGCGCGCCCGCCACCUGCGUUCCCGAGACUUUCUGGCACCGCACCGCGCGCUGCAGGCGCGCUUCGAUGACGGCCAGGUGCCCGAGCAUUUGCUCCAUGUCCUCGCCUGCCUGCAGGGUCCCGGUGUGGCCCCGGUGCUGCGCUGCGCGCCGACUCCUGCGGGUCUGUCUCUCCAACUGCAGCGGCCCGCGGUCUUCGAGCGCGUCCUCAGCGCCGUGGCUGCCUAUGCCACGCCCGCCUCGCCUGCCUUGCCGGGCCAGCGCGUCUUACUACACUGCCCAGCACUGCGCAGCUCCGCCUGCGCACUCCGCUUGAGCCAGCUGCGUACGGUGCUCGUGGCUGAUCACCUGGCGCGAGCUCUGCGCGCUCACGGGGUGUGCGUGCGCCUAGUGCCAGCUGUGCAAGAUCCGCACAUGCUGACCUUCCUGCAGCAACUGCGGGUGGACUGGCCCGCUGCCCCGGAGAGAGCUUCCUCCCACACCCUGAGGAGCCACGCCCUUGAAGAACUUACCUCUGCUCAUGACGGGAGGACACUGUCCCCUGGCAUCCUAGGCAGACUGUGUCUGAAGGAGCUGGUGGAAGAACAGGGCCGCACAGCUGGCUAUGACCCCAACCUGAACAACUGUCUGGUGACUGAGGAUCUCCUGUCUGUGCUAGCUGAGCUGCAGGAGGCUCUAUGGCAUUGGCCAGAGGACAGCCACCCAGGCCUGGCUGGGGCCCCAGAUACUGGUACAGACAGCUGCCUGGUUGUACAUGUUGUUAGCUGUGAGGAGGAGUUCCAGCAACAGAAGUUGGACCUGCUUUGGCGGAAGUUGGUUGACAAGGCUCCACUCAGACAGAAGCACCUGAUCUGUGGCCCUGUGAAAGUAACUGGUGCACCUGGCCCUCUGAUGACUGCCCCUGAGUACUACACGUUCCGGCAUGCCCAGGUGUGCAAGGCCUCAGCACUGAAGCAUGGUGGGGAUCUGGCCCAAGACCCAGGCUGGACAGAGAUCUUUGGUGUUCUCUCUGUGGCCACCAUCAAGUUUGAGAUGCUGAGCACAGCCCCACAGAGUCAGCUCUUCCUGGCUCUGGCUGACAACAUCUCCACGAAGGGCACAAAGAGUGGCACCUUUGUCAUGUAUAAUUGUGCCCGUCUUGCCACACUCUUUGAGAGUUACAAGUGUAGUACGGAACAAGGUCUGUACCCCACUUUUCCUCCUGUUAGCAGUCUGGACUUCUCACUACUACAUGAUGAGGGUGAGUGGUUGUUGCUCUUCAACAAUAUCCUCCCCUUUCCGGAUCUGCUGAGCCAGACAGCAAUGCUGGACUGCACAGCCCCAGGGCUCCACAUCACUGCACACACAGAGAUGAUGUGCAAGUUCCUGGUACAGCUCAGCAUGGAUUUCAGCUCCUACUACAACCGGGUACACAUCCUAGGGGUGAGCACACAGCACAACAGGUUGGGACGUGCAGAGAGGUACAGGGUAAAGACAAAGGAAGCGGAGGAUGAGACCAGUAGGCCCCUUCUCUUUCAGGAGCCUCGACCACACCGCUUUGGUCAGAUGUUCGUCCGCCUGCAGCUUCUGAAGGCUGUGCGUGAGGUGCUCCAUACUGGCCUGGCUAUGCUGGGUAUCCCUCCACUGAGCCACAUCUAAGGCCACAGAGGCUCCAAUAUUUGGGAAUGUUCACAAAGUCAUCAACUGGAAAAAAAAGCAAAAACCCACGGCCAAAAUAAAUUGGUACUGUUACAAA